AUGGUUAAUCGUAUCUUUUUAUUUUAUCAUUUCUACAUCUAUCUAUCUAUCUAUCUAUCUAUCUAUCUAUCUAUCUAUCUAUCUAUCUCUUUCUUUCUUUCUUUCUUUCUUUCUCUCUCUCUCUCUCUCUCUCUCUCUAUAUAUAUAUAUAUAUAUAUAUAUAUAUAUAUAUAUAAAAAACUGUUUAAGACAGGCGACAGUCUGUUUCAUCAGGAUGGCCUGAUCCUUUUCAUAUCCUAUCUAUCUAUCUAUCUAUCUAUCUAUCUAUCUAUCUAUCUAUCUAUCUAUCUCAGUCUGUUCAUAUGUUUCUCAGUCUGUUCAUAUCUAUCUCAUUCUGUUCAUUAUCUAUCUAUCUAUCUAUCUAUCUAUCUAUCUAUCUAUCUAUCUAUCUAUCUCAUUCUGUUCAUAUAUAUCUAUCUCAUAUAUAUAGUCUAUUUAUAUCUAUUUAUCUCAGUCAGUUCAUAUCUAUUUCAGUCUAUUCAUAUCUAUCUAUAA